AUUGUUUGAAACCGAAGGCAGAGAGAGAGCGAGAGAGAGCGAAGAGGUCUGAGAGGAGUGAGAGAGAAAGGAGGAGCAGAGAGCAAAACUGGAGAAUUACUCCCCAAUUUUUCACAGAAACCCCCCUGAUCUUUUCAACAUUUACGAAUUGACCUCAAAUUCUUCGCGCUUUCCCUCUUAAAUUUGAUCUAAAUUAAUGAGCCGUUUAGGGUUCAAGUCCGUGGUCUACCAUGGCGAGCUGCGUUUGGGAGAGCUGGACGCUAUUCCGGUGACGGACGGGAAUUUCCAGUUCCCGAACAAUGAGAUUCGUAUCCACCGGAUUUCGCAGCAAAGCGAGAGGUGUCCUCCGCUCUCAAUUCUCCAGACGAUUUCUUCGUUUUCUGUUCGAUGCAAACUCGAAUCGGCCUUCCCUGCCGAACAGCCGCAUUUGAUCAAUCUCCACGCCUCCUGCUUCUACGAGUUCAAGACGGCGAUUGUGUUGGUAGGGGAUGAGGAGAUUCACUUGGUAGCCAUGCCUAGUAAGCAGAAGAAAUUUCCGUGCUUUUGGUGCUAUGCGGUUCCUGUUGGUCUGUACAGUGCUUCUCUAGGAAUGCUGAAUCUGAGGGUUCUCUCAAUUGUGUUUGAUCUCGAUGAGACGUUGAUUGUUGCCAACACCAUGAAAUCUUUUGAGGAUAGGAUCGAGGCUUUACGAAGUUGGAUUGCACGGGAGAGUGAUGGGAUGCGAAUAGCCGGUAUGUCUGCUGAAAUGAAGCGGUACAUGGACGAGAGGUGGCUGUUGAAGCAGUAUAUAGAUAACGAUUGUGUGAUGGAUAAUGGAAAGUUGUAUAAGGUUCAACUGGAGGAGGUUCCUCCACUGUCUGAUAACCACGAGAAAAUGAUUCGGCCUAUCAUUAGAUUGCCAGAGAAGAACAUUGUGCUCACUCGCAUCAAUCCUGAGAUUCGUGAUACCAGUGUGCUUGUGCGGUUACGACCUGCAUGGGAAGAUUUGAGAAGUUAUUUAACUGCAAAAGGACGCAAGAGGUUUGAAGUUUACGUCUGCACUAUGGCUGAAAGAGAUUAUGCCUUAGAAAUGUGGAGGCUUCUUGACCCGGGGUCACACUUAAUAGGCUCAAAGCAACUUCUGGACCGUGUUGUUUGUGUUAAAUCAGGCUCCAAGAAAUCUUUACUGAAUGUCUUCCAACAAGGAGUGUGCCAUCCAAAGAUGGCACUGGUUAUUGAUGACCGUUCCAAUGUCUGGGAAGAUAAGGAUCAACCUCGAGUCCAUGUUGUUCCGGCUUUCAGCCCUUAUUAUGCUCCUCAAGCAGAGACAGCUAGUGCAGUUCCAGUCCUCUGUGUAGCAAGAAAUGUUGCAUGCAAUGUCAGAGGUUGUUUUUUCAAAGAGUUUGAUGAAAUUUUGUUGCGAAGAAUUUCUGGAGUUUUUUAUGAAGAUGAGGUGGUAAAUUUGCCUCCUGCUCCUGAUGUGAGCAAUUACUUGAUGUCCGAGGAUGCUGGUUUUGCACCAAAUGGAAAUGCUAAUGCUCCCAUUAGUGAAGGAAUGAAUGGUGUCGAAGUGGAACGAAGAUUAAACCAAUCUGAUGAUAAGGGUGGUGUGGAGUCGGUGGUUCAUUCUGUGAAAAAUCAUGCUGAGUCAAGAUCUGACAACUCUCAAGCACCGGCUGCAAUUCUUCCCAAUGCUGCUGGUACGACAUCUUUGAGGCCGGUCAUACCUUCUCAGAAACCUGGUCUGCUUGGACUUCCUGUUAGACGAGAUAGCUUUUCUGAUCGUGACUAUGAAAUGAGGAGAGGACUCCUUGGUACAAAUCCUGGUCUAGAUAUAAGGAGUCAAAGCUCUGCUGAGCCCCCUCUGUUAUCUAAAGUGCCUCUACAACUGCCAGCAUCCUCAAUAAAUGCACAAGGAGGAUGGUUGGUUGAUGAUGACAACAACAGAGGACAUUCGAGUAAUCACACUUCUGAGCUUGUUCAACAGCCUGGUGUUUCAAAACCUGAAAAGUUAGUUUACCAGAAUCCUUUCGGUCCUGCUACACCCACUGGUUUGCUCCCACACAAAUCUGAUUUGAAGAGGGAAGAGGUAUCUUCUGGGCGUGAUUUGCAAAAACAGAAUCUUCCAUUUCCAAGUCAGCCGUCAGAGGCGGGUGUAUCCCAGAAUCAAGCAUCUUCUUUGAAUAGAGAAGCUCAAAUAGAAUCUGGUAAAGUGACCCUGCUGCCAUCCCCUUUAUCUAUUGGAGUGCUGCAGGAAAUUGGACGGAGGUGCAGUUCAAAGAUUGAGUUCAGGUCUGUUUUAAGCACCAGCAAUGAUUUGCAGUUUUCUGUUGAGGUUCUUUUCACUGGAGAGAAGAUAGGUUUUGGAACCGGUAGGACGAGGAAGGAUGCUCAACAACAGGCUGCUGAGAAUGCCCUUCACAGCUUGGCUGAUAAAUAUGCAGCAUAUCUUGCACCUCAUACUGGUGUCGUGGACAGAGAUUUAGAUAAAGGAAAUGAAAACGGAUUUCUAUUGGACAUGGUUGGUCCAGGAUCGGCUGAGCUACUAAGGGAUGGAUUGCCUACAGAAAGCACUUCUGAGGCUGCUGAAGUUGAACCCGGGAGUACUUCUACGGUGAGUCAGCAAGUUCUAAAGCAUGCCAGUUCCCCAAGAUUGAUAGAGUCUGUUGCAAAACGAUCCAAGGAAGAAAUACUGCAUGGUUCACGAAGUUUAUCAUUUUCACGGCAACAGAAGAAUGGGGUUACAGACAAACUUUGAGACACAAGUCAUUUCAAUCAAGGCUCCUGCUAGCACAUUCUUCUCCUCACAAAUGAAAUGAAGGUCUCGAAGAGGUUCGGUGCCUCCAUCUCUUCCCAGCCUCCGAUUUUACCACUAGCUUGAAGAUUUGGAAAACAAAGGAACAAGUAAAAUUGAAAAGAUUGGCGUUUUGAGGCACACGACUCUGGCAUCUUGUACAUUCAGAAUAUCUUUUCCCCUUGCGGAAUGCUGGUUUCAAUAUCGCCAAGGCGGCGUGUAAGUUUUGUUGGUGGAAAGGUGGGCUAUAUUUCUUUUCAUCUUGCUCCAUCUUUUCUUGCUUGCAUACAUUGUCGUGAAUCUUGAGGUUCGGGAUUGCCAUAUUUGAAUACAACAUACAUUUUACGUAAAUCUGGUUGAUCAUAAGAUUUGAGCAUGGAAACUGAAAUUUGAGAUCCAUCUUGUUCCCAAGACGUGUAACAAAUUUGUUAUCCCGUCAAAGUCGAUAAAUAAUGACAUUGUGAUUGCUUCC